GGAGCGAGGCGGCGGGUCCGGACGCCGUGCGCGUGCGCGCGGCAGGUCGGCGCCGGGCGGGGGCGGAGCGGCCGUCGCAGGUCCACGCCGUAAACAGACAACAUGGCGGCCGCGGUGGCGGCGGCACCUGGGGCCUUGGGAUCUCUGCAUGCUGGCGGCGCCCGCCUGGUGGCCGCUUGCAGUGCGUGGCUCUGCCCGGGGUUGAGGCUGCCCGGCUCGUUGGCAGGCCGGCGAGUGGGCCCGGCGAUCUGGGCCCAGGGCUGGGUACCUGCGGCCGGGGGUCCCGCCCCGAAAAGGGGCUACAGCUCUGAGAUGAAGACGGAGGACGAGCUGCGGGUGCGGCACCUGGAGGAGGAGAACCGAGGAAUUGUGGUGCUUGGAAUAAACAGAGCUUAUGGCAAAAAUUCACUCAGUAAAAAUCUUAUAAAAAUGCUAUCAAAAGCUGUGGAUGCUUUGAAAUCUGAUAAGAAAGUACGGACCAUAAUAAUCAGGAGUGAAGUCCCAGGGAUAUUCUGUGCUGGUGCUGACCUUAAGGAAAGAGCCAAAAUGAGUUCCAGUGAAGUUGGUCCUUUUGUCUCCAAAAUAAGAGCAGUGAUUAACGAUAUUGCUAAUCUUCCGGUACCAACAAUUGCAGCAAUAGAUGGACUCGCUUUAGGUGGUGGUCUUGAACUGGCUUUAGCCUGUGAUAUACGAGUAGCAGCUUCCUCUGCAAAAAUGGGCCUGGUUGAAACAAAAUUGGCAAUUAUUCCUGGUGGAGGGGGGACACAGCGAUUGCCACGCGCCAUUGGAAUGUCCCUGGCCAAGGAGCUCAUAUUCUCUGCGCGAGUCCUCGAUGGCCAAGAAGCCAAAGCAGUGGGCUUAAUCAGCCACGUUCUGGAACAGAACCAGGAGGGAGACGCGGCCUACAGAAAGGCCUUGGACCUGGCGAGAGAGUUUUUACCUCAGGGACCUGUUGCAAUGAGAGUGGCAAAAUUAGCAAUUAAUCAAGGGAUGGAGGUCGAUUUAGUAACAGGGUUAGCCAUAGAAGAAGCUUGUUAUGCUCAGACCAUUCCAACAAAAGACAGACUUGAAGGUCUUCUUGCUUUUAAAGAGAAAAGGCCCCCUCGCUAUAAAGGAGAAUAAAAGGAACAGAAAUUCUUAAGAUACCAAUGUAAUAAAUGUACUUCCUGGAAGUGUCUUUCGGAUCCACUAUAUGCCUCAGCACAUGGAAUCUUAAUGACCAAAGUGAAGAGCAGAUUAUUCAUAUAGUGUAAUAAGCAUCCGGAAUGGACCCAUCCGUGUACUUCCUUCAAAUGUGUAAAUGUCAUAUUCAUUCAGAUUUAUAAAGCUAGUAGUGUAUAGUCAGAAACAGAAUCAAAGUUAGAUAUACAUUUUUAAAUAUUUACUGCAUAUGAGGCUUUCUGUUAAUUUUUUAAUGUGAAUAAUUUGUAUAUUGCACAUUCUAGGGAAUAAUAUUGAUUGUAUGUCUACUGUGCUGCAUUAAGAAAAUAAAAUUUCUAUAUACCAAAAAUGUGAAGUUAUACCAAAUAAAGUUUCUAAGUGAUUAAUGCAUACGAACAGAUACAUAUACAUAUAUCUAAACCUGAAAAAUGAAUUGAUAUUCUGAGUGAAAACUACCUAAUAUAAAUAAAAUUAGUGAAAAGAAAA